UUGUCAUUGUGAAUCUCUUUUGAUUUGCACACAAAACACGAAUAAACGUAUUUUAUAAUAAAAAACAUUGAUCGAAGCGUUUUGUACAUAUAAUUGAAAUGGAGAGAAGAACUUUUGGAGGUUUGCUGAGUAAAAAUGUCAACUCACCCUCCAGGCGCAGACUAUCUCUGGUGCAGUCUAUUAAGAAGGGCAGCACUGCAUUGAGUGUGUCCGGAAGGUCAAAUCAAUCCACACAAAUCAUCUGCAGGACAGCAAGCCAUUUGGUAGAAAAUUUUGGCUCCCCUCAACCUGUUUUAGUGACGGAAGCCUUAACUUUUGUUGAACGCAACGCAGCUAUUAGCGUUGGAGUGUCGUUAGAUGGUUGGGCAUGGCUUGUUUGUGGCAGACGAUUACUUGUGUGGUAUUACAAAACAGUUCUAUUUGAUAACAAGCAAAGUAGGGCUUAUAAAAGCCAGUGUCAUGAACUCCAGUUACCCCAGAGUGAUUUAGCUCACAAAUCAGACUGCAUCGCAGUAUGGCUACCUCCUGGACAGCAGGUGCCAAGUUGUAUGGCCGUUUCGCCAGAAGGUAUAGUGCGUUACUGGGAAAAUGUAGCCAACGAAGAGCUGUCUAUUGAGACGAGCGCUGAGCUGCAGGGCCAAGAAGUUGAUUGUCUAACGUACAUACCCGAGCAUGGUUGUAUUCUGGCAACAACUACAUGUACAGUGGCACUUUUGCAGCCUCAGGUUACUAGUGGAAAAAGUAGUAUAAAUUGUAGGGUAUUAAGAACAAGCAAAGGAUGGUUUGGUGGCAUUGGUAGGAGAAUGUCCACUUUGAUAUUUGGUGCUAUUCCACAGUCACCUGUUCAGGAAACGAAAGUUGUCAAAGUUGUGUGCACAGUUAUAAAUGAAAAACUAUCUAGAGUGUUGAUCUCGGCAGGCAACUCGUUGCAAUACUGGUCUUUCCAAAUUGGGGAGCAGGAAAAAAUGGAAUUCGAUGAGGAUAUUGGUCACAUUGUUAUGCAAGCGUUUCAGAAACGUCUAAUGGAAUCAAGUGGUUCCCAUCCACAAAAUUUAAAUACAUGUCUCAUAGAUAUGCAACCAAUGGACGAAGGUAUCGUCUUUUUAAUGGCUGCUUACAAUACAGAACCCACGUCGUUCACCCCUAUUCACUUUGCGGUCGGUUUGAUUCCUCUUUCAAAUGCACAAAUUUCUAAUUCCUUCAAAUGGUUCAUCCCUUUAAAAAUCAAUAAUGCGGGUUUCAAUAAAGACAGCAUCGAAUCUGCCAUUAAAUCUUAUCGUUUUAUUAUAUCGGGUUGGGACAUCAUCAUUUACGACAAACACAACGUUAUCAUUAUCAGCAAUUUAUCGGAAUACGAGGUGGAUAACAUCGAUUUAGCUCGAGGCGAGAAAGAUAGCAUUCUAGGUGGCGCACUUUGCUCUGGAACGCCCGUUCUUUUUACCAGGAAUCUUGGGUUAAUCACAAUUACUGCUUCGGACUUUGCAAACCAGGAUUUCAAUCAGAGUUAUUCAGAUGCAAACUUGAGCGUAGAUGCACACGCUAGUAAUUUGUCGUUAAUGCCCGAACAAUUUAUGAGCUUGUUGAAUAACGAGGAGAUAAGAGAAAUGUUUUAUAGUUCUGACAACGUGAAACAACUACAGGCUGCGUUCCUUCUGAGCGUUAGGCAAAAUAAAGAGCACUGUGAAGAUAUUUUGACCGACUUGUUCCCUAUGCCGGAAGAUCCGGUUAUGGAUAUCGAUGCACCGUUAGAUACCACGGUUUUAAAAGUAGCGGAGCAUUUGAUCGACGACUAUCCAGCUAAUGAUCCCAGAUGGGCCAACUACAGGAACUUGAAUUUUACACUUAAUGCAGUAUUAGCUAUGCAAAUUCCACAUCAACUUGAGGGAAAACAAAAAGCUAUGGAUCUUUAUGUUAUUUUUCUGAAAGAUCAUGGUUUAUGGAAACGAUUCUGCGCAGUCACGUAUCGCAAUACGAUCUUAAACACUUCGCACGUGCUUGGCGAAUUCAUGGAAAAAAUAAUCGCCAUGAUCGGAAUUUACAAUUUGCAAAUACGAUAUCCGGAGCCUAUCGACACGGCAAUCGAACGCAGCUUGCAGCCCGAAUCUUACGUAUCGGAGGACCUGAGUGCGAAUGAUAUAUUUUACAGAGAAGUCAGCGAGGUCCACAAUUUCUUUUCAAAUUUAGUACAAAUCGCUGUCGAGCAAGCGCAGUCCGAGAGACCCGCUCAACAGAUAGCUCAAUACAUUUUACAGGUCAACUCGAUAAUCCUGGGAAUACUGCAUGAAGUCGUCAAGUACCGUCAAUACAAUGCAGAAAAAUUUUCACCCCCAAAGACGACCACUUUGACCGAAUACUUACCUUGGACGGCGUCUCCCGGAAACUACGGCUUAAAAAUUUGUCUCAACUCAAUGCAAAACUUUACUUUGAAACAUGGCGUGCAUAACACAAGCGACAUGGAUAUGAAAAAUGAAUUGUUCGAGCAGCUGGUCGGUUUGAUUGAUCUAAUUUUGGACGGUAGAAAAUGCCAUUUAGAAAGUGUUAGGAAUACAGAAAAGUUCGCACCGCUUCUGAAACAGUACGAAGCCGAACGGUCGAACUUGAUUCAACCUCUCAUAAAAGAAGAGCAAUACGAGAAUGCUGUCAUGUUGGCUGAAAAAUACUGCGAUUUCGCAUCUCUGAUUCAGAUUUGUGAAUUGACGAACAACAAGAGUCGUCUCGACAUGUACAUGAAAAAGUUUGCCAACCAAGAUUUCGCGGGAUUCUUAUUUUCAUGGUACGUUAAAGAAGGUCGGCCCGGAGAAUUGGUAGAAAAAUGUCGUCGCGGUGGAGUGAAUGAAUUAACGGAAAAACUUUUGCAACAUCCAAUCUUAUCUUGGGUGCAGGCUGCUCUGGCUGAAGACUUUGAUACCUCUGCACAAACUUUGUACUCCUUGGCUCUCGAGGAAGUGAAACUCGUGACUCGCAAGAAGUCCAUGUUAUCGCUAUCAAAGUUAGCAUUUUUAGCUACAGAUGAUUCUGAAGAAAAGUUGGCAAGUAAUAUUCAAAAUAUCGAUAAAGAACUAAAUCUUAUUGCGCAUCAAGAAGACGUGCCGAUUCAUGUUUUGGAUAAAUACGGUUACGAUGUUGAAAAACUUCGAGUUCUCAGUCCUGUCGAGCUUAUAAAUCUCUACACCUGUAUUGAAAAUCAAACGUCGAACGAGUACGACUUCAAAAAAGCACUCGAUUUAUUAGAUUACAUAGAUCAAAAAGAAGAAGAGAUAUCUUACAAAAACAAAAUUUGGGCUCGGGCAGCAAGAUGCAACGAAUGGGAUAUGGUCGACAAAAAUCCGGAGCAACAGAUUCAAGAGACGGUGUUCUUCAAAGUGCUGGAUCUCGUUCACGUUAUGGAAUACAGAAUCAAAGAUAUGUUACCUCCUAUCGAAUCAAUUUUAUCAGAACCAGAACUCGGCGACCUCGCUACCUCCACCAACUUCCAGUAUCUAAUAAAAUUAAUAUACGAGUUUGCUUACAACAAUUACUGUUAACACUAAUAUCCGUAAAUGGCAAGUUAUUUUGUAAUACAUAUAUUUUGUACGCGGCAGACGACCUAUUGUAUAU